AUGCGCUUCACCUCCAUCCUCGCCGCCGGCGUGUUCGCCAUCGCUGCCAGCGCGCAGUCUGAUUCCUCUGCUGCCAUAGACUCCAGCACCGAGCCUGUUUCCUCCGCCGCCACAGACUCCAGUACCGAACUGGUGUCCUCCGCUGCCACAGACUCCAGUACCGAGCUGGCGUCCUCCACUGCCGUAGACUCCAGUACCGAGCUGGUGUCGUCCCCCGCCACCGUCGUGGUCUCCUCGACCACAACUUCCAGCGCGGCCGCCGCGACGACCGAUGUCACCACGUUGUGCCUGAAUGCCUGCAACCCCGUCGACACCACCUGCCGCGCGGCCUGCGUCGCGGCGUCGGACUCGGUUAAUACGUGCGUCGCGAAUUGCCCCAAGGGCAACGGCACCGCCAUCGACAACCAGAACUACACCGACUGCUACAAUGGCUGCAUCUCACAGUAUGGCUCCGCUUCGACGGGCACGCCCAACGGGGCCACCACCGCUAGCGCUGCUGCUCCCGGCAGCGGCGUCACCCACUCCGUGUCCGAGUCCGCGUCCGCGUCCGUCAUACAGGUCGAGUCGACGGUCACGUCUGACGGCUCUACCUUUGUCACUCACAUUCCCAGUACCGUGGCCGGCAGCAAGGAGACCAAAUCGUCCUCCCAGUCUGCUGCCUCGUCGACCAUGUCGGAUGGCGCAGUUGGCGGUGCUAUGAUGCUCUCACCCUUCGAUACCGGUGGUGGUCUUCUUGGUUUGUUGGCUGUUUUCCUUGCCUUGUAA